AUGUGGGGACUCCUGAGGUUCCACCUAGACAUCAGCACCCUCCAUGGUGGGAGGCCCUGCUGCCAGGGGCCAGCGGCCUGCAUCUCCCUGCAGAAGACUGCAGCCAUCCUGUGCCUGCUGCUCUGCAGCACCUCCUUGUCCCCCACACGUGGGCAGACCAAGAUUCCUCUGGAAACAGUGAAGCUAUGGGCAGACACCUUCGGCAGGGACCUGUAUAACACUGUGACCAAGUACUCAGGCUCUCUCCUGCUGCAGAAGAAAUACAAGGAUGUGGAGCCCAGUCUGAAUAUCAUGGAGGUGGAUGGCUUAGAGCUGGUGAAGAAGUUCUCAGAGGACAUGGAAGCCAUGCUGCGCCGAAAAGUAGAGGCUGUCAAGAAUCUGGUAGAGGCUGCUGAGGAGGCUGACCUGAACCAUGAAUUCAAUGAGUCGCUGGUGUUUAACUACUACAAUUCUGUCCUGAUCAACGAGAAGGAUGAGAAUGGUGACUAUGUGGAGCUGGGGGCUGAGUUUGUCCUCGAGUCCAAUGCUCACUUCAGCAACCUGAUGGUGAACACCUCCAUCAGCAGCGUGCAGCUGCCCACUAAUGUGUACAACAAAGACCCAGACAUUUUAAAUGGAGUCUACAUGUCUGAAGCCUUGAACCCUGUUUUUGUGGAGAACUUCCAGAGGGACCCAACACUGACCUGGCAAUAUUUUGGCAGCUCCACUGGAUUCUUCAGAAUCUAUCCAGGUAUCAAAUGGACCCCUGAUGAGAAUGGAGUCGUUGCCUUCGACUGCAGAAAUCGUGGCUGGUACAUACAAGCUGCUACUUCUCCCAAGGACAUAGUGAUUGUGGUAGAUACUAGUGGCAGCAUGAAGGGGCUGCGGAUGACUAUUGCCAAGCACACCAUCUCCACCAUCUUGGACACACUGGGGGAGAAUGACUUUGUUAACAUCAUUGCGUACAGUGACUACAUCCAUUACAUAGAGCCUUGUUUUAAAGGGACCCUGGUCCAGGCAGAUCGAGACAAUCGUGAGCAUUUCAAACAGCUGGUAGAUGAGCUGAUGGUCAAGGGUGUGGGCAUCGUGAACCCAGCAUUGACUGAAGCAUUCCAGAUCCUCAAGCAGUUCCAAGAGGCCCGUCAAGGAAGCCUCUGCAACCAGGCCAUCAUGUUGAUCACUGAUGGGGCUGUGGAGGACUACAAGCCAGUGUUUGAGAAGUACAACUGGCCUGAUCGCAAGAUUCGAGUUUUCACUUAUCUUAUCGGAAGAGAAGUGACUUUCGCUGACCGCAUGAAGUGGAUUGCAUGUAACAACAAAGGCUACUACACGCAGAUCUCCACACUGGCAGAUGCGCAGGAGAAUGUAAUGGAGUACCUGCACGUGCUCAGCCGCCCCAUGGUCAUCAACCAUGACCAUGACAUCACCUGGACGGAAGCCUACAUGGACAGCAAGCUGCUCACUUCACAGGCACAGAACUUGAUGCUUCUCACUACCGUGGCCAUGCCGGUCUUCAGCAAAAAGAAUGAAACACGUUCCCAUGGCAUUCUUCUGGGUGUGGUGGGCUCUGAUGUGGCCCUGAGAGAGCUGAUGAAGCUGGCACCCCGGUACAAGCUAGGAGUACACGGAUAUGCCUUCUUGAACACUAACAAUGGCUACAUUCUCUCACAUCCUGACCUCCGACCUCUGUACAGAGAGGGGAAGAAACUGAAACCCAAACCUAACUACAACAGCGUGGAUCUCUCUGAAGUGGAGUGGGAAGACCAAGCUGAAACUCUCAGAACAGCCAUGAUCAAUGGGGAAACAGGUUCUCUCUCUAUGGAUGUGAAGGUUCCACUGGACAAAGGGAAGAGAGUUCUUUUCCUGACCAAUGAUUACUUCUUCACAGACAUCAGUGACACACCCUUCAGUCUGGGUGUGGUGCUGUCCCGGGGCCAUGGAGAAUACAUCCUCCUGGGGAACACAUCUGCGGAAGACGGCUUGCAUGACUUGCUUCACCCAGAUCUGACCUUGGCCAGUGAUUGGAUCUAUUGCAUCACAGAUAUUGACCCUGACCACCGGAAGCUCGGCCAGCUGGAGGCCAUGGUCCGCUUUUUGACAGGACAGGACCCAGAUCUGGAGUGUGAUGAGGAGCUGGUACGGGAGGUACUGCUUGAUGCGGUGGUUACAGCCCCCAUGGAAGCCUACUGGACAGCGCUGGCUCUCAACGCCUCUGAUGAGUCCAAGCAAGCGGUGGACAUGGCCUUCCUGGGCACCCGGGCCGGCCUCCUCAGAAGCAGUUUGUUUGUGGGCUCUGAGAAGGUCUCCGACAAAAAGUUCCUGACUCCUGAGGAUGAGGACAGUGUGUUCACCAUGGACCACUUCCCUCUGUGGUACCGCCAGGCUGCUGAGCAGCCUGCUGGCAGCUUUGUCUUCAGUCUCCGAUCGGCAGAGGGACCAGAAGGUCCAAGCCAGCCAAUGGUAGUAACAGCAAGCACAGCUGUGGCCGUAACAGUGGACAAGAAGACAGCCAUUGCUGCAGCGGUGGGCGUCCAAAUGAGGCUGGAGUUCCUGCAGCGCACAUUCUGGGCAGCGACCUGGCAGUGUAGCGCUGUGGAGGAGCCGUGCCUGGAGAGCUGCCAGGACAGUGAGCUGGACUGCUUCAUCAUUGACAACAAUGGGUUCAUCCUGGUCUCAGAGAGGCCCCAGGAGAUGGGAAGAUUCCUGGGGGAGUUGGAUGGUGCUCUCAUGACCCAGCUGCUCAGCAUGGGGGUGUUCAGCCAAGUGACCAUGUAUGACUACCAGGCCAUGUGCAAACCCUCGGGGCACCACCACGGUGCAGCCCAGUCCCUGGUCAGCCCACUCUCUGCCCUCCUGACUGCUACCAGGUGGCUGGUGAAUGAGCUCUUGCUGCUCCUGCUGGAGUGGAGUGCCUGGGGCUCCUGGCUUGCGGACAGUGGGGCCGAGGCCAAAGCUGUCUUCCAUCACUCCCACAAGCACAAGAAACAGGACGCACUGCAGCCAUGCGACACAGAGUACCCCGUGUUUGUGCACCAGACGGCCGUCCAGGAGACCAACGGGAUCAUUGAGUGCGGAACCUGCCAGAAGAUGUUUGUGAUGCAACAGAUUCCCAGUAGUAACCUUCUCCUCUUGGUGACAGACCCCACCUGUGACUGCAGCAUCUUCCCACCAGUCCUGCAGGAAGCUACAGAAGUCAAAUAUAACGCCUCUGUCAAGUGUGACAGGAUGCGCUCCCAGAAGCUUCGCCGGAGACCAGAUUCCUGCCAUGCCUUCCAUCCAGAGGAAAACGCCCAAGAGUGUGGUGGCACCGGGGACACCUCAGCCUCACUCCCCAUGCUCCUGCUGCCUGUGUGUGCCUGGGUGCUACCACUCCAGCUGCUGCAGUGACACCAACCUAAUCUGACCUGUUUUGACAAAAUGAUUCUUCCAGAAACAUUCUAAGGAGUCAGCACCUGGCAUGGGAUCCACCUCACUACACCUGGGCCAGGUCACUGUUCAUCUCAGUCUUGGGCUAAUGGACACUGCCUCCUGAGACUGCUGGAUGGAACCAGAAACUACUUCUCAAAGAUCUUCCAGGGUGCCUAGUACAAUCCACCCCGAGUCUCAGUGGACAUCCUCCCAUCCUGCCUACCUCUGCUUCAGGAGUCCAACACAAGCUCAACUUAGACCAAGACAAAAGAAUUUUUUUUUAAUUUUUAAGGGUUUUAUUUAUUUAUUCAUGAAAGACAGAGAGAGAGGCGAGAGACAUGCAGAGACACAGGCAGAGGGAGAAGCAGGCCCCAUGCAGAGAGCCUGAUGUGGGACCCGAUCCCGGGUCUCCAGGAUCAGGCCCUGGGCUGAAGGCAGUGCUAAACCACUAACCACAGGGAAUUGGGGUCAUUUGCCGGCGGGAACUGGUACUUUGAGUUGUGGAGAGCUGGGAAGAAGGGUCACCCGAGGCCCUGCACACUGUCCAUGCUUACCUUGGGGGCUUGGCUAGGACCUCUUCAUUGGAGGUUGGUUAAAUUUAAAGCUCUGAGGCCACCUCAGAAUUUCUACAUGGUUCUGCCUUUAAUUGCUCUCACAGUGGAGGCUGCUCUCUCUCAGGCAGGGAGGGAGGAGAAAGCCUCAGAGCCUU